AUGGAAAAUGUGUCAACGUGCAUUGGAGAUUCCUCAGAUGGAAGUCAAGAAGAAGAAGAAGAUGAAGACGCCGAGUCUGACUCUGCACUUGCGACGAACGAAGAAGAUGACGAUCAAGCUGUUUCCAAUGAUUUUGAUGGCAACGGCGCAGCGGCUGGAGAAGACGUUUCUGAUAGACCUGAUUUGCCGGAGGCAGACGAGGAGUCCACUUCUGAUGACACUUACAGUAGUUCCUGCGAGUCACGUGAUGAGGAGGGGUUCUAUUUCUCGGAGCUCGAGAACACUAGCGAGAGUGCGGAAAGCUCCUCUGCGGAUAGCGAUAGUGAGGACGCAUGUUGCUCAAGAAAAUUCGAGAACAAGACGAACCUACUGCGAAAAAAAGAGGCCAACCUGGCUGCGCACAGUCGCUCUACUAAAAGGGCGCGGAAAGAGAAGCACAACAGCGUAAGAAGCGCAGAUGGCAUGGAGAAAAGUGAAGACUCGCUGGACGCUGACGAGAUGGGUAUGAACGGAGAUGAAGAUGAUCUUGUCUGGCAUGUGUAUUCCAAGGAUGACACAUGUAUCUUCGUGCCGAAUGACGACUGGGAAAAACCUGCACGCGUUGUCAUCUCUAAGGACGAUUUUACCAAGGAAAGGAUCAACGGCGAAACCGUGCAGCAUUUGGUGAUUGAAUUCAAGAGCAAGUGUGAGGAACUGCACGUGCGCAAGGCAGGCUUAGGACUGAAGAACUACUUUCCGAACCUGCUAAGCUUCACCUACCACUGGAAUUGGGGUUCUCCAGGAGGCGAUGUGGACUGGUCGGCACUCCGGCACUUGACCCAGGUAUAGUUGUGAGCUUUGGAAAAAUUACCAGAUAACUUUUAAGUUGGAGUGCGUGCCUGAGCAGAGUAGCCCGUUGCUAAAAAUUUUUAGAUUUGGUCAAUAGCGGAAUAGAAACAACAAGUCAGUGUGUUGUGCUACAAGCAAUAGUUUGAAUGCACCUUAAAGAAGUUCAAAAUAUGCUCGACACGUACCAGAUUAAGAAACUCGUUUUGGACUGCGGAUGCGCGAGCCACCAGAAUGAAAACGUGAAAGGCUUGACGUCAGGCAUUUUACCUCUCAAGGACACACUGGAGCAUCUGGAAAUUGGUACCUUCCGCCUUGGCGACUUCCGUUUUCUAAAGAUGUGCGAGCAGCUGGUAAACCUUCGUUUUCUGUGUCAUGCAGGGGUAAUCGUGGGUAACGCUCACAGAAAGCUCCUGAAAACAGGCUUGUCUCUGGACUUGACAAAGCUGACCCAUUUGCAGUGUCUUAAGAUCACUGGCUACAACCAUGACACAGAUUUCGGUUGUCAGGGCUUUUACCUGCCGGGAGCAGAGACGCACGAUACUGAAAACCCCUACUACUAUGUACGAUUCGACGGGAGAACGGUACGCUGCGAGGAAGAUUAUCGCAUUGCCUUGCACCUCCCAAUCGCGAUUGACGAGAUGAACAAAAGCGGUGGCGAGGAGAGGGUGGACACUGCUGGCGCUGUUCACGCCGAAAAACAUCUUCCGCGACCGAAAUGCUUGAUCUGCUUUGGGGACCCCGCGAAGAGUAUCUCUCCAAAACUGUAUGAAGCGUUCUCAACAGUUGGCGGAAAGUACCAUUCAAAUUACCGUCUCUUGUCCCUUCACCAAUACGCAAAAGCGCUGGGUGACCCCGAUGUACACUUUGUCAUGCCUUAAACACCCGUAAAUCAAAGCAAAGGGAAGUAGAUCACUAGAUGGUCUAACUGAAAAAGCAAAAGAGAAAGUGGCGACGGAAAUUCGAAAUGGAGAAAAGGAAAUAAUAAGGAAAAGCCGAAAAACGAAAAGUCUACGUGACCGACAAUUACGACAGAUGCGACGAUGGAGUCGAGAACGUGCACGCCCUAUGCAAAAAGAAUUAUCCCUUCUAUGGAGGCCGCGGCACUUAUUCUAUUCCGGGUCGUGCUGGUCUGAAAUCAAUAUCUGCAGCACACUCACCAUCAGCACCCACGCCGAGAGACGUCUUCGUCCCGCAGAGAGUUUAUCCACGAAUGAGUAACUAUCCCUCUUUCUGACGUCUGCUUCUCGCGCCGCUCAGGACCAAGAUGCCAGAUCAUGCAGUAUCUUGAGAUCCAGUAGGCAGUAGUAUGUUCGUGCUUUUACUAACGCAGCUUUGUUCUGCUGCCUUAUUUUUUACAGAUUCUGCUGCCUCUGGAUUUUAUGUCUUGCGCGUACAAUCCAUACGAGAAGAUCAGACGAAGGAUCCAUCAAUGAUUUAAACAUAGACCUAUAUGUCUGUAAGAGGGUCCUCCUGCACAUUUUAUUGCACUCUGGAUUUUAUGUCAAUACGACUGAUCCAGAAGGCAAAGGCCUGUGGGAUUUCCAGAGAUUUAUCGAUGUCAUGGCUUCAUGUUAUGUCCAUGCUGUCUGCUCCAUCCGAACUGCAAUUAGUGCCUCUGAACUGCAAUUACUGGUGCUAGUACCUCUGAACUUGAUCUUGUGAUAUGAAUGCGGUAGAGAGCUCACACCAC